ACUAAAUAAACCUAUCUGUCCACUAUCCACUUUAUAAAAGCUAUGCAAGCUUUCAUUCGCAAGUUUGUAAGCGGCACAGCAAGCCGAACACAGUCAGCUCCUAGCAGGCGGUCUGCGCUCAACGCGGCCGAGAUCCCAGCGUCUAGUUCGGCCUCGACUAGCAACAGCGGCUCAGCAGUAGCGAUGGCGACUGUGACCCGAGUGCCCCAACGGCAUUUACGGGGAGGACACAGCCUGCACGUGUCCAAGCCCACUUGGUGGCUGGAGAGCCGCUUCCACUUCUCAUUCGCCGACUACUGGGAUCCCGUACGACAGAAUUUCGGAGUGCUGCGGGUUCUGAAUGACGACCUGGUCAAGGCGGGAGCGGGAUUCGGGGCACAUCCCCAUCGGGAUGCCGAGAUCUUCAGCUACGUGGUGUCCGGGCAGCUUAGUCAUGCGGACUCGAUGGGCAACAAGGAAGCGCUGCCCCGUGGCUGUGUUCAGUACAUGAGCGCGGGUACGGGCGUCGUACACUCGAUCCGCGGUUUGCAAUUCACCUGCGAGGAGAUGAACGAGGGGUCGGAGACAUGUCGCUUCCUGCAGCUGUGGAUUACACCAGACCGACGCGGACACGACCCACAGUACGGCAGCAGCACGUACGGCAAGUCUGAUCGACACAACCGACUGCUACAGAUUCUGGGCGGCACCGGCAGCCCCCCCGCCUGGCCUCACACCGUCAACCUGCAAUCCAUUCGGCUGCACCAGGACGCCAACAUCUUCGUGUCGGAGAGCGAUCCCGGCACGCGAUUCGACGUGAGCCUGGGACCCAACCGACAGGCCUACCUCAUCUGUAUUGAGGGCGGUCUCCACGCCAAUGACGUGCAGCUGGACGCGCGUGACGGUGCCCGGAUUGUCGGCUCGGAGUCGGGUCCUUCCCCGUUGACCUUGGAAGCGGGGGCACUGGGGGCGCAUUUCCUCGUCGUGGAGAUGGCCAAGUCUGCUGACCGGUAGUGGCUUCUUGGGGGGGUGCUCCCGGGUCUGGAAGCGGAGGAACACCAUUACUAGCAGCAGCAGCAACAACAGCUCAGCAAUGCACAUGUAGGGGGGUUCACGCGAAGGACCCCAACCCCCCGGGUCCAAGAGACGAAUGAAGCCUUUGCACCGAUGCGGUGCCAUCGUCAUCGUGACCGCCAUAGGAACGAACGAUUGUACGGCGGACCUGGAACCCGGACAUGAAGCAUAUCCUUGAUUGCAUGCCUCCAUCAAUACGUAUUACUUACCGACCUGAAGGACGGUUGACAACAAGGAGAUGAGCAUGGCGGGGGGAUUCUGCGGGGAGUGGGGGCGUCUGGUUGGGGGGGUGAUGUGUGCGUGUGUGUAUGUACAUUACCAAGGCUGCAAGAAAGGGAUGGAGGUUUGUAUACGCCAGACCUAGACCUGUAUGCAUGUAUAUUUAUGUGUUU